AUGAAGAAACCCUCGGGAUACACUAAAGGUAAACCAAAUCAGGUUUGCAAAUUACUUAAAAGCCUUUAUGGUCUCAAGCAAGCCUCACGGCAAUGGAACUCUAAACUCACUUCAUCCCUCAUUGCCUUUGGUUUUAUUCAGUCAAAGUCUGACUACAGCUUGUUUACUAAGCAUGAAGGGGACAGUUUUAUUGCUUUGCUGAUUUAUGUUGAUGAUUUUCUGGUUGCUAGCAAUUCCAAUGAUUCCAUUGCUUCUCUAAGAACUUUUUUGAAUAACAAAUUCAAGAUUAAAGACCUUGGUUGUCUUCAUUAUUUCUUGGGGUUAGAAAUUGCUAGAUCUUCAAAGGGCAUACAUAUUUGUCAAAGGAAAUAUGCCUUAGACAUUUUGGCAGAUUCUGGUAUGCUUGGAUGCAAGCCCCUUAAACUGCCUAUGGAUCAACAUUUCAAAAUCAGCAAGUCUGAAGGCACUCCACUUCUUGAUCCUAGUAUCUUUCGAAGGUUAAUUGGUAGAUUGUUGUACCUCACAAUAACCCGUCCCAACAUUUGUUUUGUUGUUCAAUUAUUAAGUCAAUUCAUGGAUCAGCCUUCUUCCUCACACCUGGCAGCAGCUUACCGUAUUUUAAGAUACAUUAAAACUGCACCUGCUCAAGGCCUUUUGCUCCCAUCCUCUUCUCAGCUUCAACUUACAGCUUAUUGUGACUCGGAUUGGGCUUCUUGCCCGGAUUCCCGUCGAUCUACAACAAGAUAUUGUGUUUUCUUAGGACAAUCGCUUAUUUCCUGGAAAACUAAGAAGCAAACGGUUGUCUCAAGAUCAUCAGCUGAAGCUGAAUAUCGCUCCAUGGCUGCCACCUCUUCCGAACUCACUUGGCUUCGAUAUCUUCUCCAUGAUUUUGGUGUUUCUCAUCCACAAGCUGCCAUUCUCUACUGUGACAACCAGGCAGCUCUUCACAUUGCUGGAAAUCCGGUAUUCCAUGAGAGAACCAAGCAUAUCGAACUUGAUUGUCAUUUGAUACGUGAUAAAAUUCAAGAAGGAAGUCUAACUACAGCUCAUGUUUCAUCUCAAGCACAGCUGGCCGAUACAUUCACCAAAGCUUUACCAUCUUAUCUUCUUCAAGCACACUUGUCCAAGAUGGGAAUAGUAAAUUACUAUUCUCCAUUUUGCGGGGGGGUGUUAACAGAUAUAGACCAAGAUUAA